AUGUGCGCGCACUUGGCGCUGCCCCCGUACCCCGCGUACCCCGGCGGGGCUGCCAGGGGGUACCUGGAGCUCUACUGGAACGCGGCGGGGGACGCAGGACAAGCGCCCACGGCGGCUGGGGCCAGGCACUCUCCGGAGGCAGCGGGGAGGAGGCACACAGCAGAAGUAUCCCCAGCUUCAUCCAGUUCUGGGAAUUUCAGCCAAUUCACACCAGAUUCAGCUACCAGUCCACAUUCCUCAUCCUCAUCCCCACAGCCUACAGCUAAGUCUCAGAAGGGCAAAGAAUAUGGCGUGGAGGGGAUCAGGAAGACCAAGAGCCGGACAGCUUUCUCCAAGGAGCAGCUGCUAACCCUGCACCAGCGCUUCCAGAGCCAGAAGUACCUCAGCCCCCAGCAGAUCCGGGAGCUGGCUGUUGCCCUGGGGCUCACCUACAAGCAGGUGAAGACUUGGUUCCAGAACCGGAGGAUGAAGCUGAAAAGGUGCCAGAAGCAGAGCCUGUGGAGCGAACGUGCUCAGUGUCUCACGCAAAGUGGCUUCCAGAGCGGUACUUACCUGGAUGUGCACCCCAAAUUCCACCAGGGCUACCCCAUCACCACAGCUGGCAACAUCCAAACCAUGCCUGCCCCCUGUCAGCACUAUGGAGCUGGGCAGAACGCUUACACAAUUGUGACCAGCGAGGAUGGAGGAGUCUUUGGCAAAGGCGGGGGGACCUGCAGUGUCCAGCAGACAGUGGGCUUCAUUGCCCAGCACAAAGUAGACUUUUACCACAGCUAUCCUGGCAAUGUGGAAUAUCCAGGCUCAAAGACAGCUGAUGGCUGUAAUUUGCACCACUCAGCCACUAUGGGGGCUCCUUUCCCAACUGCUGCCAGCCAUCAUCUUUAUCAUUCCUAAGCACUGUGGAUGUGGGGUACUUGGGCAGCCAGGAAUCAAAUCUUAUUCUCAUCUCUCCCUUUGUUAUUGGUGUGCUGGCCACCUCAGGGACACCUUGUAGCUAAAACCUGUUUUGGCAUCCAGAUGUGUGCCUGCAGACAUGCAGCUGUGCAGAGACCCGUUUGCCCAGGUACACGCACACAGAGCCCUUCAUUUCUGUGCCUGUACACGUGCACACACACAUUCCUUUCUUGAUUGGCACAGAUAACCAAGCUCCCUUAUAGCAAAGCCUAAGAUCUGGCUACCCAGCCUAUGCCCUGGGUCUUCUUAAUUUUGGAUCUUAUAACUUGUUUAAGGGGAAGCACAGAUUCCUUUGGGAAUCUCAUUUUUAUGUAUCGCUGUACAGUUGUGUGCACAUAAUACAUGAAGCCAGGGGCUGUGUGGAGAGGUGCUGGUCACGUACCUUUAACUGAAGUUGGCGAAGUUACUGCCACGUGCCAGUUAUCCAUUUGAAGUGUAAACCAUCAGUUCUGUAUAUCAGCCAUGAGGUGAAGUGAUGAAGUGUCUAAUGAAGGGAAUUGUGACAAGUAGCUUGCAGAAAGGCUGGUAAGAUGAUCUUAUAAGCUCGUCCUUGUAGUCUGUAUCUUUCUGUGCUUCCCCCUGAGGAAACCUAACAGUGCAUUCAAUCUGGCAAAUAAAAAAAGAGUACUUUUUAAGAUGCAUUAUGUAUUUUUAUAUAUCUCUUUUUUCCCACUGCAAUAGAGCAUUGCAAUAUAAAAAACAGAUGGAACAUAAAUAGCCAUAGCAGCCGUAUGCAUUGUUAUUUGAUGCUGAAAAUAUAAAUGGAAAUUUUUCUGUAUUAUUAAUGGAUCAGCUUCAUGGCCCUUGGCAAUGCCAGAUAAGUCAAAGAAACAGGUGAGUAACUAUUACCUACCUUAAGAAUUUUCCAUAUCCAGCAGUAUUGAAUAUGGGGACUGUCAUGGAGGUACUGUAAUUUCUAAACUUGACUAUGUAAGUGCCUAAGUACCUAGA